AUGUAUAUCUGGCCCAAGUCGGACAAAAAACUCGAUUUAUCGGAACUAUUCGACACCAGCGGCACCUAUUUAGUGGAAAAGUUGCAAGCUCAGAAAGAAAUCGAAGAAGAACAGAAAUAUAAGGAAUAUUUGAAGGAGGGAUCGGAUCAAUUGGUAGCACAUUUUAAGGGCAACAUACAAAGGACUCAAGAUGAGAAGCUGGCUGAGAUGAAGGCGAAUAUGGAACAAAAAAUUACAAAAAUGCAGGAGGACAUCCAUCAGUCGAAGGAAAACGAGGAACGAGAAAGAAGCGAGCGACUGGCUAAGGCGCAAAACUUAAUGGAACAACUAAAGCCCGAACCCAAGGAUCUACACUCAGCGGCCAUGCAAAGCGAAGUACUUCGUGCGCGAAACGUUCAACGCAAUAUAAAUAAAGAGUUCGAAAAGGCUAUUAAACGGCAGGAAUGCAUGGAUAAGUUAGCCUGUGAGCAUCAAGCGUUUGCGUUCAUGCAAGAGGACCAACUGCGACAAUUGGAACUCGAACAGAACAUGAACACGUACAAGAAAUAG